AUGUUCCUGCGGCGCCUGAGCACGUCCGCCUCCGCGGCCCUCCACCGGCGCCGCCGCGGCGCCAAGGACGAUGGCCUCCUACCCGCCCUGCGCGCGGAGAUCGCCCACGAGCUCUCCUCGUCCCCCUCCUCUUCUCCCCCUUCCCUCCAUUCCCAGGACAUCAACGACUUCGCCGCUGUGUCGGACGCGCCGCGUGCGCAGGACGUGCUCCUGCGCCGCCACGGAGACGGCGAGGAGGUCCUCGUGUCCGCGCUGCUUGCCCCGCUGCGGUUCCUGGGCGAGGAGCCGCUGCCCAGGGACGCGCUCAUGAAGGUCUUCGUCAGCAAGCCGGGGGUGGAGCCGCUGCUGCGCUUCGACUGCCGCGCGGUUGCGGCCGACGGCGACGCUGCCGCUGGCUACUACGAUAUCACGAGUUCCGUGGCAAUGGUGGCGACCCCAAAUAUUUUUACGUUUGUGUUGGUCUGGAGCUUCAGAUCAGUUCUGGAAUCAGCUGGUCCCGUCAGUAGCCUGCAGUGCUUUUUUGUUUGGCUGUUUCCUGAUCAGCUGGGACAAGUGGGACAUCCCGAAGGAAUCCUAUUAGUUUUUACGUCGAUGGGAUAACAGGGAG